GCCAGAAUUUGCGAGAAGGGACCUUUUAAAUUUUUUUUUGUAAAAACACACCUAAAUGUAAAAAUAAUUUGCGAAAGACAAAAAAAAAGAAUAUUCAGGCAUUGACUAUUAUUUGCCGGCGUUGACCCUCACGUGAUAGUCACGUGCUGCUCUUUUUCACUCUUUGCACCCCUUUUCCCUCCAAAUAGAAAUCACAACCCCUUUUCCCACAUUUCACGUUCUCCUUUCUCCUUCCUCUGUUCUUCUUCUUCCCCCCACCCCAUGCUCUAAAAAAAUUUCAAUCCCUCUGCAAAAUUAAGUUGAAUAACGAAUACUGCAAGCAUCUCCAUCAAGAUUUGAGUCUGGGCACGAAUUAUCUGUAAUUAUGGCUCCAUGGAAUGAAGUGAAAUGUGGGUGUGGGUUUCCUGUAGCCAAGAGGAUUGCUUGGACUCAUGAAAACCCAGGGAGAAAGUUUAUUGCUUGCAAAUUCUACAAUCCUGAAACUGGGCAAAGGGGGUGCAACAAAUUUGAUUGGCUUGAUGAAGAUAUUGUUGAAUGGCAAAGGGAUGUUACUAAUGUGCUUGUUGCUGAAAAACAUAGGCUGUCCACUGAUCUUGCAAUUCUGAGGAACAGAUUUGCUUGCAUUGAACAAGAGAAGAUUAGGCUAGUCGAAGAGGUUGACAGAUUGAAGAAGAACAAGGGCAUGAUGAUGGGUGUUUUGGGGUCUAAGAAGGCUGGCUUGGGUCAGAAUCAGCUAAUGGGGAUGAUUUGUGUGUGUGCAAUUGUGUCUGUAUUAUUUAGUUUCACUGUAAUCAAGGUACUUGGGUAGAUGGUAGGAUGAACUUUGUUUAAGGAAUGUUAGGCAAUUAGAAGCUAGGCUUGGUUUAAUUCCUUGUUGUAAUGCCUUUAUGUUUAAUGCAUUCGUUGUUGUAAUCAAACCAUUGUGGUUUAGAAUGAAUGAAAAGUUU